AUGUACCGUUUUGCUACCUCAAUUGCAUCCAAAGCUCGGAUUGCUAGAAACAACGCUCAUCAGAUUGGAAGUAGGGUGGCAUGGAGUAGAAAUUAUGCAGCAAAAGAUAUCAAAUUUGGUGUGGAGGCUCGGGCUUUGAUGCUUAAGGGUGUUGAAGAACUUGCUGAGGCAGUUAAAGUAACCAUGGGUCCUAAGGGUCGUAAUGUGGUUAUUGAGCAAAGUUAUGGUGCCCCUAAAGUAACUAAAGAUGGAGUAACUGUUGCUAAGAGCAUUGAGUUCAAGGAUAAAGUCAAGAAUAUUGGUGCCAGUCUUGUGAAGCAGGUUGCUAAUGCUACCAAUGAUGUGGCUGGUGAUGGAACUACAUGUGCUACAAUUCUUACUCGAGCAAUAUUUGCGGAAGGGUGUAAAUCAGUUGCAGCUGGAAUGAAUGCGAUGGACCUGAGGCGAGGUAUAAAUAUGGCUGUUGAUGCCGUUGUGACAAGCCUUAAAAGCAGAGCACGAAUGAUUAGCACUUCUGAAGAAAUAGCCCAGGUAGGGACCAUAUCUGCUAACGGGGAGAGAGAAAUUGGUGAGUUAAUUGCAAAAGCUAUGGAGAAAGUUGGCAAAGAAGGUGUAAUCACAAUUGCUGAUGGCAAAACAUUGCUCAACGAGUUGGAAGUUGUCGAAGGAAUGAAGCUUGACCGAGGCUAUAUUUCUCCGUAUUUCAUAACAAACCAGAAGAACCAGAAAUGUGAACUUGAGGAUCCCCUCAUCAUAAUCCAUGAGAAGAAAAUCUCAAAUAUAAAUGCUAUAGUUAAAGUCUUAGAGUUAGCUUUAAAGAAACAAAGACCUCUAUUGAUUGUCGCCGAAGAUGUUGAAAGUGAUGCCCUUGCAACUCUUAUCCUAAAUAAGCUUCGCGCUGGAAUCAAGGUAUGUGCCAUUAAAGCCCCUGGUUUUGGUGAAAAUCGUAAAUCUGGUCUCCAGGAUCUUGCUGUUCUUACAGGAGGUCAACUUAUUACUGAAGAUCUCGGCCACAAUCUUGAGAAAGUGGAUCUGGAAAUGUUUGGCUCUUGCAAAAAGAUUACAAUUUCCAAAGAUGACACUGUUAUUCUUGACGGUGCUGGUGAUAAGAAAGCUAUCGAGGAAAGAUGUGAGCAGAUUAGGUCUGCAGUUGAAAAUAGUACUUCAGAUUAUGACAAGGAGAAAUUACAGGAAAGAUUGGCCAAGCUUUCUGGGGGUGUUGCUGUGCUUAAGAUUGGAGGAGCCAGUGAAGCUGAAGUUGGUGAGAAAAAGGAUAGAGUAACAGAUGCCUUAAAUGCAACCAAGGCAGCUGUAGAGGAAGGCAUAGUACCUGGUGGUGGUGUUGCUCUUCUUUAUGCGUCAAAUGAGUUAAGUAAGCUUGUAACUGCCAAUUUUGAUCAGAAGAUAGGUGUCCAGAUUAUUCAAAAUGCUUUGAAGACACCUGUGCACACAAUUGCAUCAAAUGCUGGAGUUGAGGGUGCUGUAGUUGUUGGUAAACUAUUGGAACAGGAUAAUCCUGAUCUUGGGUACGAUGCCGCCAAAGGUGAAUAUGUUGAUAUGAUUAAAGCUGGAAUUAUUGAUCCAUUGAAGGUGAUCAGGACCGCCUUGGUUGAUGCAGCCAGUGUGUCAUCUUUGAUGACAACAACUGAAGCUAUUGUGUCUGAACUCCCAAGUGAUGAUAAAGAUGGUUCUGCUAUGCCUGGCGGCAUGGGCGGCAUGGGGGGCAUGGGCGGUUAUUAG